AUGGCGGCGGCGGUGGAGAGCGUGGUGGUUGUCCACAACGUGGGGACGCUGCCACGGAGCGCGACGGCGUUCGGAGUCGCGGAGGACGAGAGAGGGCGUGACAUCUGCGGCGUGGAGAUCACCGACGACGCGAAGCCAGUGACCGCACACCCAUUCCGUCGGAGCACCGCCUUCCUCUUCGGCAAUGAGGGCACAGGACUCUCACAAAAAGAGUGUGAUAUCUGUGACUUCUUUGUGUACAUUCCUCAGUAUGGUGGUGGAACUGCAUCUCUCAAUGUUACAGUUGCAGCUUCAAUUGUUCUCCACCACUUUGGGGGUAAGAGUUUCCAUCCUGCUCCAGUCGUCACCACAUCUUCUUUGUCUGGGCUGGCUUUCCUGAACGAGGCCGAGAGGGCAAUAAAUUCAUUGUGGUUGAUAGACCACAGGGGCACUCAAGGGGCCUUUAUUGCACAGACUCAAUUGAAGCAGUGA